AUGGUAUUUUACGAUACUUCCCGGUGAAUGGUGAAUGCUGAAUUGGGCUGCUUUACAGCUCGCGUAGUUGUUUUGUAUUAGAGCCCAACUUAAAUAAUUGUUAUAUUAUAUCCCGACCACUUAGACUACCCAGAAGGGUAUGUGAGGCUUGGAUGCUCCGUGCAGUGACUGAGUGCCUCGCGGAGAGACAGCUCGUGUGCCUGCUCUGCUCCGGGUAGGGGAGGGAAACUGGUGCAUCACUAGUGAAGACCCAGAAAGGUACCACAAGGAUUCCAUACAUUUGUGAUUGGAUGUGAGUGUACUUUGACCCCAGAAAUCUGAUGAUGAUGUUGCUAUGGAAACUGCUGGUGCUGCAGUCACUCAUGGGGUGCCUGGCAGAGAGCAGUGUCCUGCAGAGCCCAGUGUUCACCAAGCAGCCUGGCAGCAUUGUGUUCCCUGUUGACUCCCAGGAGAACAACAGAGACGUGGUGUUCAGCUGUGAGGCCCAGGGAAGCCCAACUCCCCUUUAUCGGUGGAAACUGAAUGGCACCGCAAUCACUCCCAAAUCAGGCUCACACUACAGCCUGUCUGGAGGCAACCUCCGAAUCAGCAAUUUGAACAAAGACCAAGAUGCUGGAACAUAUCAGUGCCUCGCCUCCAACUCUUUUGGGACCAUCGUGAGCCGAGAGGCCAGUCUAACCUUUGCAUACUUGGAAAACUUCAAGACCCACCGAAGAAACUCAGUGUCAGUUCGCGAGGGACAGGGGGUGGUGCUGCUGUGUGGUCCCCCAUCUCACUCUGGAGAUCUGACAUUCUCCUGGAUUUUUAAUGAGUAUCCCUCGUUUGUGAAGCAGGACACACGACGCUUUAUCUCCCAGGAGACGGGGAAUCUAUACAUUGCUAAAGUGGAGCCUUCUGAUGUGGGCAACUACACCUGUGUGGUGACCAAUACUGUCACCAAAACCAGAGUCCAGGGCCCGCCCACGCCUCUGGUGCUGCGCAGUGAUGGUAUAAUGGGUGAAUACGAGCCGAAGAUCGAAGUUCAGUUUCCAGAGAUUGUCCAUGUAGCCAAAGGAUUGACAGUGAAACUGGAAUGUUUUGCAUUAGGAAACCCUGUCCCCUCUAUAAACUGGAAUAGAGUGGAUGGAAUCCCCUUUUCUAGGAAGGUGGACGUGAGGAAAGCCAGCGGCGUUCUGGAAAUCCCCUAUUUCCAGCAGGAAGACACGGGCACAUACGAGUGUGUGGCAGAGAACUCCAGGGGGAAGAACACUGUAAAAGGAAAGCUGUCUUUCUACGCCCCUCCACAUCUGAUAGAGAAACCUGAGGAUGUGCAGAAGCCCAUUGAUGACUCUCUGGUGUGGGAAUGCAAGGCCACCGGGAAGCCCAAGCCCUCCUAUAGGUGGAUGAAGAACGGAGAGAACCUGGAGUCACUGGAGGAGCGCAUACAAGUUGCCAAUGGAGCGUUGUCAAUCAGCCAGCUGACGCUGUCCGACAUUGGAAUGUAUCAAUGUGUGGCUGGAAACAAACAUGGGGAGGUCUACUCCAAUGCAGAGCUCAGAGUCAUAGCUGUUGCCCCAGAUUUCUCCCAGAACCAGCUGAGGAGCCCCACCAUGGUGAAGGAGGGAGGAGACGUGCUGAUCGAGUGCCGGCCCAAGAUGUCCCCCUGGGGCGUGAUCUCCUGGAGGAAGGGCAGCGAGGCUCUACGAGAGAGCCACAGAGUUUCCAUUCUGGACAACGGAAACCUCAGGAUACAGAAUUCAACCAGACCAGAUGCAGGCCUUUACACGUGUGUGGCAAGAAACCAGUUUGGAGUGGCAAGCAGCUCCGGGACUCUCAUGGUCAAAGAGCCGACCAUUAUCACCACGGCACCGUCCACACUGGAUGUGACUGUAGGAGAGAGCAUCGUGCUGCCAUGUCAGGUGACUCAUGACCCGUCUCUGAAGCUCAUGUUCACCUGGUUCUUCAACGAGCAGCUGAUCCACUUUGGCAACCACGGCGGAUACUUUGAAAAAGUGGGCGGUCAGCAUUCGGCUGGGGACAUCAUGAUUCGGAACAUCCAGCUGAGACAUGCAGGGAAGUACACCUGUGCGGUACAGACCAAAGUGGACAGCAUCUCCAUCGCAGCAGACCUGGUAGUCCGAGGUCCCCCAGGCCCACCCACCAGCAUCCAUGUAGAAGAAAUCAGUGACACCACAGCCUCUCUCUCCUGGAGGCCCGGGCCUGAUAAUCACAGUCCAAUUACCACAUACACUAUCCAGGCCAGGACACCCUUCUCCCUGGGCUGGCAGGCUGUCACCACAGUUCCUGAGGUGGUGGGGGGCCGCCGUCUGACAGCUACAGUAAUAGAUCUGAGCCCCUGGGUGGAAUAUGAGUUCAGAGUCCUGGCAAGCAACGCCAUUGGGACCGGGGAGCCCAGCAAACCAUCCAAACAAGCAAGGACAAAGGAGACAUCUCCGAAGGUCACACCAGCUAAUGUGAGCGGAGGUGGAGGCAGUCGCUCAGAAUUAGUCAUCACUUGGGAGCCUGUUCCUGAGGAGUUACAGAACGGGGGAGGUUUUGGCUAUGUGGUGGCCUUCAGACCGUACGGAGCCACAGGCUGGAUGCAGGCCGCAGUGCCCUCACCAGAAGCCUCCAAAUAUGUCUUCAAGAACGAGAGCAUCCAGCCCUUCUCCCCCUUCCAAGUGAAGGUUGGAGUGUACAACAACGAAGGGGAAGGCCCAUUCGGACCCGUCAUCACCAUCUACUCUGCAGAGGAAGAGCCUGGCAGAGCACCCACCAGGAUCCGAGCCAAGAGUCUGUCAGCGUCUGAGAUUGAGCUUUCAUGGAAAGCCCUGCCUUGGAACACCAGCAAGAGAAGAGUUCUAGGCUAUGAGUUGAGGUACUGGGAGAAGAGAGAGAAGGAGGAGGUGGCCAGUGUGCAGAGGACGGUAGGGAACCAGACGUCAGCCAUUAUCCGAGGGGUGAGAGGAAGCAACACGUACUAUGUCACAGUGAGAGCGUACAACACGGCCGGAGCUGGGCCUCCUAGUGCCACUGUCAAUGUCACCACCAAGAAACCACCGCCCAGCCAGCCCCCAGUGAAAGUGAUGUGGAACACACUGAAUUCCAAGAUAAUCCUGAACUGGGAGCAAGUCAAAGCCUUGGAGAACGAGUCAGAGGUCACUGGCUACAAAGUGCUCUACAAGGGUAACCGACACAGCCGCCCUAGUGUCAUGGAAACCAACACGACGUCGGUGGAGCUCUCUCUGCCUAUGGAUGAGGAGUACUUCAUCCAGAUCAAACCAUUUGGGGAGGGAGGAGAGGGGAGCAGUAGCAGACAGAUCACCAUCCCCAGAAUACCAGGAUCCAAUGCAAUUGGCUCAGCGACCAAGGUCUCUACUUUAUCUGCCCUCAGUACAAUAGCACUGUCUUUCACAGCGCGAACAUCAUUAUGACAAAGCGCUCCCAGCGAACAUUGCAUCUGAUGUGGAGGCAACUCGACAACGGAACACGAACACCCUCCGCCCAGUCUGGUGUAACUAGAUCCAUUCAUUUAGGUUUUAGAGGCAGGAGGACAAGCAACGUUGGAAAACAAAGUCACUGAGAUGAGAAGGAGAGAAAGGGCCCCGCUUUCAACACCCCGCCAGCCGGCGAGAACAGGAAAUCGACCGAAGUCUUGACUGUUGUUACCAAAGCAGCUUUCAUUAAAAUGUCUAAUAUGCAUCUUUUGUAUGAUAUGUCUAGCUUUUAUAGAUUUAUUUUGAAACCAAUUCAUAAUUAGUCUGGGCUUUUUAGAAAAGGCAAGGUUGAGUGGAGUUCAGUGCAUGGCCCAUACUUACAGAUUAAUUUUAAACGUUUUCAGUUUGUUGGAAAGAGCAUUUUUGUCAUCUGAAGUGAACAGCAUUUUCUGGUCAAAAAUAAACCUGUAACUGUGGUUUAAUGUCAAACAAAGAUCAUAGUUCAGUCUUCUUAGAAACUUAGGAAUUGUUACCACUGAUAUGAUGUGUGUAUUGCUAACUAUUUUUUUAUUACUCCAUAAAACAUUGCACUGAUGCCUGAGGGAAAAUUUUACUGAACAGAAAUGUGACACUAUGUUAAAGGACUUUAUUCACCCUCACUGGUUUGAAGUCCCAUCUUCCACAGGUUCCUCUACCUUGGCCAUUUAAUUGCACUGGUGACUGGACCCUCAUAUGGCUGUCUGUCUCAUCCUCUCAGUUAGCCGUGUCUACUCUAUAGCUAUUCUAUGCUUUGCCUUGUGUGUGCCUCAUCAUAUGUUCGAAAUCCUCAGGUCCUUAAAGAGCCUUAAACUUAUCAUAUAUAUCAACAACUAUUAGAAACCUAGAUGUCUGUUAUGCAGCUGCUGUAUGAUGUGUAGGUACACACUGCAUUAAUAGACAGGUUGUAGGGGUUUGCGUUAUUACCAUCCAAUUCUUAGGGCCAAGUUAUGUAGUCAAGAACAUUUCCUUGUCCUAGUUAUAUAUUAUAGUUAGGGCCAGGGUUUUUUCCUGACCCUGUGACCUCGCCAGGAAAAUCUCCUGGCCCUUGUCAUUCUAUAUGAAGGAGUGGUGUGGUUCAACAGCAUAGUACUGUUCAGCAUGGUUUAAGGGCAACGUGGGAAGCCUGGGACAUUUUAGUGGGUUCACUGACUGCAUUCUUACUAAAAGAAAAAUGCUGCUGAUGAUCUUUUCCUUUCCCAUAGUCUUCUGAUGCUGUGUGAAACUGGUACAGUACAUUACGUAUGUAGCUUGUAAUCCAGUGAAAAAGUCAAAAGUGCAGGUAGUUUGUAGUACUUUCAAAGGGAAGUUUAGGCAGGAAUCAUGCAUCGGAAAAUGUGUAAUAUACUUUUUGGUACACUUCAGAUCAUUUAUAUACAAUGGAAACCUUUCUAAAGAGCUGAUUAACUUGGUUUUUAUGUAAUAACACAAACGUUUCAUACAGUAGCUAAAUGUCGCUCAGCAUGAAUGUGUUUGCCCAUUUCUGUAGAUCUGCUAAGUGACUGAAUGGCUUGAGAACAUGCAAAGAGAGCAGGUUUGUGCAUCUGUACCCAUACACGUCAAACCACUUGAUUUGAUUUGAUUUGAUGUCUGUGUUUCUGUCUCAAACAGCUGUGCUCCUGUAGGCCCUACCCCUUUGGGAUUUACCGCUACAACCAUCCAUUUACUCCAUGUGAAGUUCCGUUUUUUUGCUGUUGUUGGUUGUUUAUACUGUGUUAUUGAAUAAAGUUUAUUGAUUUAUA